AUGCGUGUACUAUUAUUGCUAUAUUAUUCAAUUGUCCAAUUAGCGGGUAUUUACGGUCUAGAUCAAUAUUUGGGCUGUUUUAUUGAUCAAAUGGAAAAUCGUGACGUUGAAAUAUAUGUUGGCGAUUAUGAAAAGUUAGCCUCUAUACAAUGUAUUCACGAAUGUCAAAAACGAAACUAUCCUUAUGCAGCUAUACAAUAUGGUAGGGAAUGCCGUUGUGGACGACAUUACGGAAAAUAUGGCCAAGCAUUGGAUGACGAAUGUAAUUACUUAUGUGCAAGUUCUGAAAAAUGUGGCGGGAAUAAUCGAAAUAGUGUUUAUAAUGCAAUUAAUUAUUUAUGUUAUUGUGGCAAUCAUUUGAAUCGUUCACCAACAAAUUCAAUUUUAUGUAAUAUUACCUGUAAUAGAAAGUCAAAUGUUAACAGUGCACAUUGUUGUGGUGGACUUCAUGGCCUCAGUAUUUAUGAUGUUCAGAAAUAUCGUUAUAACACCUAUACCACCACGUCCGUCACCACAGCAACACUAACCCCACCUGAAACAGCAAAUGACACCAACGUAACCACAACUUCAACAGCAAACUCAACUGUAAAUGCGAUCCCUAUCGAAUUGAAAAUAGCAGCCAGUGUAACCAACACAACAACGACCGAAACAGAGACCACCACAGCCACGACUGGUAUAGCAAACGAGACAAUCACCGAACCCGAGACAACCGCAGCUACGACUGUCAGAGAAAACGAUACAACAACCGAACCACAGGCAACCAGCGACGCACAGACAACCAGCCAAGUACAGACAACCGCAGCAACGACUGCUGUAGCGAACGAGAUAUUGGCGACAACGAUUGCAGCCAACGCGUCAACCACCGAGGCAGAGACAACCGGAGUCACGACUGUUGUAGCGAAUGAGAUUUUGGCAUCAGCUGGUAGUACCACCGUAUAUGGAAUACCAACAACAAGCGUAACCAACGAGACAACCACCGAGGCAGGGACAACCGGAGCCACGACUGUUGUAGCGAAUGAGACAUUGGCAGCAUCGAGUGUAACCAAUGCGGCAACAGUAGCAUUGACAUCGCCAACCUCAUCAACGUCUACUUCAACGACGUCGACGACCACAACGACAACUGCGCUUGGAAAUUUGAUGUCCACUGUUUUCAAUGUUGACAACUCUUCAACGUUUGAUCCAAAUAACAGCUCCGACAUAGAGAACAUUUUGCAAAGUUUAUCUAAUAUUAUUAAUCUGGGGUUUGCAUGUUUAAGCAACCCGUCAGCUUUUUCAGGAUGCUCAGCAUCGCGACAAAGUAAAAGUGGUCCACCUCGGGACUAUCUUGCUAGCCCAGGAAACCCGGCCAUUGCAACAAUACGUGACGCUUCUGCUUUGUUCAAAGUGGCUCUUGGAAACCAAUAUAGGAUAUAUUAUAGUGUAAUUCAGAUAAGUACAAAUGCGCUGGUACUAGCGAGUAGUGUUCAAGCGGCCACUGCAACAGUACCGCAACAGCAAAUAGUACUGAUGUUUGGUUAUACGUUUGUUGGUGAUUUUGUCCAAAGUACCAGUGUUUCGACUGUAACAUCAAUUUCAACAACUGAUGGCAAAUUAUGGAUUGUAGGUGCUGUUUUGGGACCCGUAUUUUUCUUGGGAUUGAUAAUCUGUAUAACUGUUAUCUGUUGCGCUAAAUCCAAACGACGUGGAAACUAUCAAUACUCUGCUGAAGUUAUGUACAAUGUGCCGGAAACAUGGACGCGAGAAAUACAACACUAUGCUGAUCCAUCAGUCCAUUCCAAUCACUUUCAUAGUUCAUUUUCGCCACGCACAACAUCACCAAAUCAGUAUAUUAUUCCAGUUUUCGAAUCAAAUUUUUCAAAUGCAUCUAUUCAAGCAAUUAAUAGAAUGAAUAUGUAUGAACAAGCUCCAAUACAACGUGCAACACGUCGUACACCAACAGAAUCCGAAAUUGCAACUGGUCGAACAAGAUUACAUCAUUUAUUAGAUAAUAUAAUUGAUCAAGGUGUACUAGAUCAAUCAUAUACAGGUGAUUUAGUUUAUUUUGAAAAAAAAUGA